CACUUUGUUAGGCAGUGUUAGUGUCAGGUGGAAACCUGCCAACACCGAUUCUAUUGACUGUCAUGGAAACAUGCAAACAACCCCUGGCACUGCUGGGCUCCUCUUGGCUGCAAGCUGUGGCAAAAUUCAUAAACUGUGAAAAUAUGCAAAUAAUUGCACACCCUAGGAUUAGAACUAAACAAACUUUUUAAAGUCAAUUGAGUUCUGUGGUGGUGCAUGUUGUUGUUGAUUAUCAACUUUGAAGGAUGACAUAUUCUUAAUUUCUUUUCAAGCUGCUAAACCUUUUAGAACCAGCAGUGAAGGCCAAAGCAUGACUGCUGUUACAAGUUAACAUUUUAAAGAUACCAGACAUCACCAUUAUUUCAUCCAAAUCCUUUCAAAGUACAAUAACUGUUUAAAUCUUGCACAAAUCGUUUUGCUUGAAGAUGUCAUGUAAUGUGUACAGUAUGGGGACCGUGUAUAUUCUACCAUCAUGUGAUGGUUGAGGACUCAAAGCGUUGUUCACAAAUCCCAGAUCUGAUGUGACUUCUUUCAAACAGCGUGUCUCUGGUUGAGGGAUGACCUGACACUGAUGCCAGUAUUGAAUAUCGGGUCAAUACCUCAGGCUAAAGCGUGGCAUCACUGUCAGAAAACUUUCCCAACAGUUCAAUCUGAAGCCUAGAGCCACAUGUAACAUGUCAGAAAGAAAAAGAAAAAACAUCUUCAACCUUUAGCAAAACUUUAAAUCUGCCUCUAAUCUCCUUUGUGCUUUACAGACUAGAUGGUUACUUGUUAUUUUUCUGGUCAGUGGUAUUCAUUUAUCACCAAUGAUUCACCGAUGUUAAUGUCAGGUACUGGGCUGCAUCCCGGUGAAGGUCUAAGGUUGGAUCCAAGAACUAUUCCUGUACUAGAACCUGAUACCUGUUGCUCCUUGAUUUGUUUUUUUCUUAGAGACUUCUCUCUAGGGAGGUGACUUCAGCUCCGAUAACCCCAAACUAUUGGUCAGUGACCAGUUCAGUAACAGUAAAAGCUCAAACUCACUCAGAACUACUCUUGAUAUUUUAGUGUCCAUUGCACCAUCACAGUAUUGCAUUUGACAGAUUCUAUUAUCGAGAGACAAUUUCUCCUCAAAAAUAAGAUUUUUAUAAUUUUGAAAUAAUGAAUGCAGGUCAUGAUUUAAAAACUGAUAAAAUAGAUUAUUUUCAGUGUUAAGUUACUCGUUAUUGGAGCGGCAAAAUAGCAUACAUGCAACUUGGGUUCAGCCCCCCAACCCCAUGCUGUUGAAGUGUCCUUGAGCAGGCUGCUGAAACCCUGUCUGACCUCUAAACUUGGAUGUUUCACCUGAGAAAGACCUGUUCCUCGCCAUCAUUGCUCGCUUUAUUAAGUUCUGUGGAAAAUUGUGAGCAAGAGCUUGAGGUGUGCUUGAAAGCUCUGGAAAAAUACAGUGAGUUAAAACUUUAAGUAUGAGUUAGCUUCUUGUGACCAAUUUAUGAUCCAAGACCAGAACUGGAGAAACCGAGCAGAUGGUUGGAGUUAUAUAACACUCAAAGCUCUGGUCAUUUCCUUGACAGAUGUCUUGUACGGCUUGGACUUACCAUGCAGAAACUCAGAGAGAGUUUGGACUCUUUUACUCUUUAGCUAAUCCACUGUUUGAUCAUGUUAAUUACUGACUGUUUUUAAUAACUGACUGUUGGUUGCUGACUGCCUGGAUUGAUGUUUUUCUUGUUGUUUGUUUUUGAAACUUUUACUCUUAAUCAGAAAGUUAAUUUUCACUCUUGGGGAGGGGGGUGGGGGGAACUGGUUCCACAUUUUUCAACGGAUAGGAGAUCAGAGACAAGUCACCUGUGACCCUAACCAGAGUGGGAACCAAAAGCAGAGAUCCCCGCUCUGUCUCUUGCUAACUCUCUGUAACACACACAGGCUGAUCCUUCUGCUAGCUAUGUGUCCUGUGUUGAUGUUUAUGACUAAAAAAAGCCCCGAGGCCUGCGCCUUGGCCAGGUCACGUGGUCUCUAACCCCCCCAACCCUACCUCUCUACCUCUCCUCGCUCUCUGUAACACGCGCUUGUACUCGGAGGCCUGAGAGCAGCAUAAAACUUGGAACAUAAAUCAGGCUCCCAUAAAUAAUGGCCGUACUUCCCUUUACAUCUCCGUUGGACUAACAGACAAUAAAAACACCAAUAAGCAGAGAUUGGAUCUAAUUUAUUGCCUCAUAAAAACAGACGGAGAGCUGGGCUCGGCUUCAGCACGCAGUCUGCUGAGAACAGUACAGUUAUAUACAGUGAGACUGUAGAGCAGCUCACAGCCAGGUACACUCAUCUGCCAUUAUAACCGCCAUUUAAUAUGGUUACUACAUUAGGCAGCAAAGAAGUUCUCUGUCAGAUGUCAACAAAUGUCUAGCAGUAGCUAUCAAUUUGACUAAACUCGAAUAAUAAUAAUAAUGAAAAUAACAACAACAACAACAAAAGUACUAAGAAAAAUCCAGGUUAUUUUUACUCAGUAGAACACAAAAUAAAUAUAUAAAUAAACGAGGGGAAAACAAUUCGUGAACUACAUCUAGCUUUUUCUUUUCCUUUUUUUCUUUUUGUUUUAAUUAAUUAAUUUAUUUAUCGUUACCGGAAACAGGUUUUGGACCAAUAAAAACUCUUCUGCUAAAUAUCAGUAAUUAGUAAUAACAAUUUAAAUUGAAUAAAGUGAAAACGUAGUUACUGGAAGGAAGAAAUUAACGGUUUACCCUACCACUGUCAGUAACCCCAAAACAAAAGAACUGACUCCUGAAUAGAAUAAAAUAAAAAAUAAAAUAAAAUAGAAUAAAAUUAAAAGUCACAAAUCCCCAUCUUCAGUCGACAAACCACGCAUCCCACGCAAAGACUUAAAAAAACGCCUCUGCUCUCCACCAAAACUCCAGAAUUCCACUCGGAAUUUUUUACAAAAUAAAAGAAAACAUAUUUGAAAGAAAAUCCUGACAUGGUAAAAACGGGACGAAGAGGAGAGAGCAGUGUGUUGUGAAGCUGCAGCUCAGUCAGCAGUGUGUGUGAGUGCUCUGUUUGGGCUGUGUGAGCCUGUGCAGCCUCGGCCUACUCACUGCCUGCCGCUUUCUGCCGGCUCAAUGGCCCUCACUCCCACACACAUUUCUGCUUUUUCUGCGUCUCUUUCAGAGCCAGGGGGCCAAGCCAAAUGGCAUGGGAAAAACAGGGAGAAGGGGGUGCGAGCUAAAUGGCUUAUGUCUAUUUGUCUCUGGUAUCUGAGUCGGUUAUUUAUAUAUUUUCUCCCAGCAGAGGAAAUAUUUCUGCGUGACAUGCGCGUAUUUGCUGCGCGUAAAAGCGGUGUAUAAAAAAACCAAACACUAAAAACAUGGCGAAUAAUGGAGCUGAAAGGAGAGAGAUAUAGGGAGUAAGACUGGAGCGGUUCUUGUUAUUUAGGGAGAGAGAGAGAGGGGCUGCUGUCAGGCUCUUUGCAGGGAGAGAAAGAUUGAUCACCGCACUUCUUUUUUUCCCACUCGGGGCUCCUCGGGCCCUCCCCAAAAUAUCCUCUGCUGAACUCCCGAGUUCCUGAUCUUUAUAAAAAUCUACAUGUGCGCCCUGUUGAGUCUGCAGGCCACUCAGCGCACUCUCACUUACUGUUAGCGUCCAUAUUAUCGCUGCUCUAUUCUUAUUUUUAAUAUUAGGAGGAACGGGAGGCCUGCGCUCUCCCCUCCUGUCUGUUUCCAGUUGCACGGAGCGACCUCGCUGUGAACUCUCUCUCUCUCUCUCUCUCCCUCUCUGCGUAAACACACCGAACAUUUUAACACACACACACCACACUGGAGAGAGAGAGAGAGAGAGAGAGAGAGAGAGAGAGAGAGGGGCAGCUUGAAAGAAGAAUUCUGGAGCCUGUGUGCUGAGACUAUUUUAGUGAGUUUAUAUUUAGGCAGUAUUUCGGUUUGUCUCGCAGACACACGCACUGAGGAGAGAUCAACCACUAUUUCAGAAACAGCACAACCCCAAAUACAAGUCUGUUAAAUACAAAAAUAAAAUGUGCACUUACACACCAACAGGCUCCCUCUCUCUGAUUCUCUUCACAGCUAAAUCUAAGUUUCUGCCUCUCUGCUCUGAUAGAAGCCAAUCUGCUUCAUCUCCACUACCGCUGAGUAGAAAUCUUCAUCAUCCUCUCCUCCUGAGCUGCUGCGCCAUCUAAAACCUUCUCCAAGUUUCCUGUGUGGAAGUUGGGGAUUUUCAGCCUCUGUCACACUUUAUAAGAUUAAUGAGCUGAGUGCUGUAAACAGUGCUUUUUUUCUCUCUCAAGGAGCCAUAUUGUAAACGGUGCUGGCUGACUCCGCUCACCUAAUGUUAACCGUCAUUACAUCACCCAGAGGAAAACGAAAAAAUGUCCGAGAGAUGCUCUAUUGUUUGUGCGUUACACCGGGCCGGGAUGCGCCGACCCGCCGCCCACACGGCGCACAUGGCGACCGGGCCGCCUUCCCGUUUUUCUCCCCAGAACUGACCCCCCCGUUAAGACAAAACAAUGGCAGCUAGCCUGUGAUACAGCCCCUCGUUGCCACAGCAUUUGGUGGAAAAAUAAUAAUGCUGCUUCCCACAGCCAUCGCCGCCGCCAGGCCCGGACCCCCGAUUGGCUGUUUUGGGUCACAUGACCAGGAAUUGGCUGCAAUUUCGCCCCAUAGUUCUUCAGUUUAGCCUACCCAGGUCCCCAUACGCUAGUAAUAUCACCAAUAUACACAAUUAUUAUAUAGCCACCGCAUUUACGCCAUUGCGGUCGGGAGCCUACAUGCUCGUGCGUUUUUUCUUUUCGUUUUCUUUUUUUAAGAAGCCAUAUUGUGUUGUGUGCGUGCGCGAGCGUGCAUGCGUGCGUGUAUGUGUUUUGUUUUUUUUAUUUUGGGGAAGGGAUUGUUCGGGGGUCUCGCCUUUUGAGGGUGAAGCCGGUCUGAGGGAGCUAUGAAUUUUGAAUUUGAGAGGGAGAUCGGUUUUAUAAACAGCCAGCCGUCCCUAGCAGAGUGCCUGACGUCCUUCCCCGCCGUCCUGGAGUCAUUUCAAACUUCAUCAAUCAAGGAGUCGACAGUAAUUCCGCCUCCCUUCGAGCACACCAUCCCCAGCCUCAGCCCCUGCACAGCCAGCCAGCCGAGACCGACUGCUAGGAGCCAGCAGAACCGGAGAACCUCCGCCACUAAUGGCCUCCAGACGCACCACCGAGGCGCCCAGCAGCCCUGUCCGCCCGGUCAGGCCCCUGCCACGGCCACGGCAGUCCCGGCCGGUCCGCUGGCCCACGAGUUCCCCUGGAUGAAGGAGAAGAAGUCAUCAAAGAAGUGCCCCAAGCCUGGGAGCAGCUCCAGCGGUGGCGGAUCCAUCAUCCCCUCUGCCUCAUCCUCCCCGUCGCCGACCGCCUCCGGGUACGCUUCGGCGGGCAUCGAGUCGCCCACAGACCCGAGCCAGGCCAGUCUGGAUGCUGGAGGAGCCGGGUCCCGCCGGCUGCGCACCGCCUACACCAACACACAGCUGCUGGAGCUGGAGAAGGAGUUCCACUUCAACAAGUACCUAUGCCGGCCCAGGCGGGUGGAGAUCGCAGCCCUCCUGGAUCUCACCGAGAGGCAGGUCAAAGUUUGGUUCCAGAACCGGCGGAUGAAACACAAGCGCCAGACUACGCCCCACCGGGACGGAGGUGGUGGAGGCGGCCAUGAAUCCAGCGACCCGGGCGGCUUUGAGCCGCUCGAAGGCGCCGAUGCCUCAUCCCCGUACUCAAGCCAGCCGCUGGAAGCAUCUGGCACCGGGGAGGCUACAUCGGAGAGCGAGCCGGGGAGCGGUAAUCCGUCUUCGGCCGCUGCUUCCACCGCCUACGCUAAUGACAGCGGGGACAAUGCACAGCCCACGCCGGAGGAGGGAGGCCGUUUGAGCCGCCCCGAACGCCCACCGCAGCCGGGGCCACCUGGCUCCUCCGACGCUGCUGCUUCCCACCACUCCCCACCGGCGUUCAGCGCCACGAACUCCGCAGACAACCCGGGUCUGAUGCAGCUCAGCGAGGCCGGGCCCGCAGCAGCAGCGUCCGAUCCGUCAUUCUCUGAGCAGCGGGAGUCCUCCAUCACCUCCACCUCCUCCACUGCUCCUCCUGCCGCCUCCUCAUCCGCGCUCCCCGACCUGACCUUCUUUGCCGGGGACGCCUGCCUGUCACCCAGCCUGCAGAGCUCACUGGAUAGUCCGGUGGAUUUCUCCGAGGAGGACUUCGACCUGUUCACAAGCACACUGUGCACCAUAGACCUGCAGCACCUCAACUUCUGAGGCCGGCUGCAACCUUUAAACAUGAAGGGAAACUAAAAAGGAGUGAAGGAGUGGAGGGGCACAUGCAGGCCUGUGGAUGAACAAUCGGGCGGAGGAGACGGCACUCGGCGAGGACUCUGUUGUUUAAAAAGCAUACAAGCUUCUCGGCAACAUUCCUGAAACAUUUCUGAAUGAAAAUUAUGUUCUUUUUAAAAUAUAUUUUUUCGUCUUCUUGCUGGUUUUACUUUGCGGCUGUAAUGUAGUUUAAGAGAGAUGCAAUUCAUUUUAUUUUUUUAAUUUUAAACAUCGAAGGGAAAUUGUUUUUCCACGAUCGAAACGUUGUGGAUUUUUUCUCUCCCCCCUUUCCCAAAUUUCAGGUAUUUAUUGCCUUUCUUGUUUUUGAUCGUUUUUGUUAAAACCCUUAUCAGUAUGCGUGGAUUUGUGUCCUCUAGUCCAUUCUGGUGCAGCUUCAUGGAUCCUUAAUAACUUCUCAGGAACUGUUCACGGAGUCUAGGUGCAGAUAGCCGGACUGCUCUUAGAAAAUCUGAACUGAAGAAUGAAUUUCAUUCUCUCUCUGAACGAGACAAGACGAGAGAGGAGCCCUGCUGAUGACCCGAGUUUUAGACCCUAGUUUAUUUAUUGAGAUUCUUUAAUAGUGAAAAUCCAAAUUAUUUAUUGUACAUAUAUUUUCAUAGUGGAAUAAUAAUAAUAAAAACACACAAACAUUUA